UAAAUCGUCAUCAGCAGCCGGUUGACUCUACAGGUGUGCUCGGUUGCUAAGCACCGCAGAGAGAACGGAGAGAAAAAAAUCCGUCGGAUAUUAACUGUCUCAGUAAACAGUUUCUCAAUUUACAAAGUAGCUAGGCUAAUACUAGACAGUUAAAUACAUUUGUUAGCAACAAUUCCUCAAACGUUGAAAUAUAGUCUUUAGACAGAGAGAAAGUUUUGUACAAAUCGUCGACCGUAGUCUGGACGUCAGUUUUAUUCGGAAAUGGAUCGACGCAAGUAUCGAGUACUCCGUCGUAAAAGUAGAUUAACGCUACCUAACAAAGGAGAUACCCCAGUGAAACCAGCACUGAGCAGACAAAACCAGUACAGGAGACUUCUGCCCAUCAAACAAUACGAAGCAUUACCAGAGGAACCGGAGGUGGAGGAGAUGAAUGUCCCUACAGUCAAUCCAACCCCCACAGCGUUAGCUUAUCCUUUACACACACAGACAUAUUUUACGCCUGUCCACUGCAAAUCUGUGUUGUGCAUGAGAAGCCCUGCAUUUACUGAAAACCCCAGUGACAAAGCUGUCUUGCCUGCCAUGCCAGCCAAUGGAAAAUCUGGCUACCGAGCUAAGCCAGAUGCUAUCAGAGGUGGUGAAAUACCAGUUAGCGAGCAAAACAUGACUCUGGAAAGCAUUACAUCUUCUAGCAUGGAGUCAGACACAACUUUCAGCUCUGAUGAUGAUGAUGAUGAUGAUGAAGGCUGUCACUCUACCUCUACAACUUCCAGCAGCCUUCCCUCCCCAGAGAUCUUCAGAAGAGAGAGCUAUGUGGAAAAAUUGACUUCUUUUCCCAUUAAGGAGGAGCUGCUGGGUCUCCAAAGUCACAUAAAAAACUCCACCUUGCUGGAUGUGAGCCAUGCUGAGAGCAUCCACAUGUAUCAUCCCCCUGACCUUUCUAACAUCAUUGAUGCCUCUGUGGUUCUUGCUGGAAAGAACUGUGUGAUCAACCAACACAGAGGACCGGAAGCUGUGACCAAAACACAUACAGACUCAGGUAAAGACUCAUCAUUGGAAAUAUGUAACUUAAUCAAACUGUACAAUGUCAUAAUGCACCAAAUAAUGGUUUUGUUUUUCAAUCCUCAAUCAGUAGAGAAGCCAUUUAAAAGCAAAACCCCACCAAAACUUACCAACAGAAGGCCUCUUUUGUACAAGAAGAAGGUAUGCUUCAAAAGCCCCAUUAUUGCUGAGAACUUUAAAGCAAAACACACCCCAGGCACCAAAUUAACCGGCCCGGCUGAGCAGAUCCAGUCAGACACAUUCAGAGCAGGAGAGAUCCAUUCUAAAAAAGAAGCAUCACAACUAACUGUACAAAGUAGCCUGGGCAAAGCCAAGAUCUUUGACUUUAUCGACAACAGUCACAGAGAUGCAUUCUUUAAGAGGAUGAGAGACAGGUGUGUCAAACUCGAAAGUGCUCCUUUAUUUCCUCUCACAGCUCCUAAAGACACAGAACCUUCUACCCUGUGACAUCUGAAGCCAAAAUAUUAUAUGUAAAGUUUAAGGGAAUCCUCUUAUGAAAUAUCCUGUAAAACAGCGGUCUGUGUGUACCUCCAAAAAAGAUGUAAAGAAGUGUAUGAGCCCGUCUAGAUGUCUAAAAUGGAAAAUGAAAUGGGAUGUACAGUUUUAUCAGUAUUUAAAUGUUAUAUUAACGAGAAUAAUUGAAAGGGAUGCCACACCCUGCCAUGUAUAUAGGUGUUUGCACAACAUAGACUGUGCCAACAUAGUUUAACUUUCAACUUUUGUUGCUUCACAACCUGGUCCUUAUUUGUAUUACUAAGCGGACUGUACAAACUGUGGCACAUAUACCACAUGAAAAUGCACUUGGAAUACACACUGUAAGCAUUCACACCGGCCCUAGAUUUUAUGUAAAACAAGUGUCUGGUACAUAAUGACCACUAGAUGUCAGCCCCAUAUUUCUUUUUAAAAUGGUCAUCUUUUCUCUUCUCCUGGGAGUUUUUACCAAUGUUACAUGAGAAAUAUGUAUGUUGUUUGUUGUUGUAUCUGUAUUUCUAGUUACUCUCUGCCAUACAUGUCUAAUCUAAAUGUUGAAUGUAAACUAAAAGUUAAAAUGUACAUUUAUUUUA